CUGGUCAUUCGGAGGUCCUCGGCCAUUAUUUUCAAAAACAACCUCGGAUGUAUUUGGACGGUUUACAUACUCAAAAAGUGGUACGUUUAAGUCCGCUGCAAAUAGAUCGCGUAGUAAUCUGAAUUAGUUGUUAAACUUUAUGACUUAACUCUUGGGAAUCUUAAUCAUGUUUGCAAUAAUACACUUCACUGGCAAUCAAUUUAAACUGAGAGCAAUGAAUACAACUCUUAAACACUACAUUUAAUUAAUGAUAUUAUUCAAAAAUUUACGGACUUCUUCAACUGAUGUACCGGCAUACAUCCGAGGUUGUUUUCGAAAAAAUGGCCGAGGAGUUCCGAAUGGGUCCUGGUUCCUGGUUAUCUCUCUUUGACUAAUCUACUAGCUGGGUACCAAAUAAUCAGUGUUAUUAGACAUGUGAACCUUUGGCAACGACAGAGAGGUGUCACCUGCAUUCUUGCAUGGAAACAGCACCAGUCAUACGUGGCCAUUCUCUGCUGUGGCAGAAAUUAUUGACAAUGCGUAUGAUCCUGAUGUGAAUGCCUCCGAGAUCAGGAUCGACAAGCGGGUGAUCGGGACAACUGAAUGUCUUGCCUUUGUAGAUGAUGGGAACGGCAUGAGCCAGGAGAAGUUGCAUAAGAUGCUCAGCUUUGGUUUCUGUGAGAAGGUUCAAGUGGGUAAGGUCAGCCCUAUCGGUUACUAUGGUAAUGGUUUCAAGUCCGGAUCCAUGCGGCUGGGUACAGAUGCGCUCGUGUUCACACGGUGUAUGGGGUCGACCAGUGUGGGAUUUCUGUCACAGACAUACCUCAAGGCCAUUGGAGCUGACUCAGUGUUGGUUCCCAUAGUAACAUGGAACAUAAGUGGGACAAACCAGUUGAUCCGCAAGCCUAGCCCGGAGAGUGACAUAAACCUAAAGGCCAUUCUCUCCUACUCGGUUUUCAAAACAGAGAAAAGGAUCCUCUGUGAGCUGAGGGCUCUCGAGAAAAAUAGAACAGGAACACACAUCAUCAUCUUCAACUUAAAGAAAGACAGGUUUGGUAACCUGGAGCUGGACUUCAGCUCUGACAAGAAUGACAUCCGGAACCCCGAGACGCCACUCAGAGAUCUCACCACAAUCAACCGACCUGUCUACAACGACUCACCGGAGUACAGACGCUCACUCAGGCAAUACUGCAGUAUACUGUACCUGAAGCCGCGUAUGAAGAUCAUGCUACGAGGAAACAAGGUUCAUACAAAACUCAUCAGUAAAUGUCUGUCACAAACAGAGAGGGAUGUCUACAAACCCACAUGGCUUGACAAACCUAUAAAGCUGAUAUUUGGAUUUACGAACAACAAAGAGCCAGAUUCCUACGGCCUCAUGCUGUACCACAAGAACAGGCUAAUCAGGGCUUAUGAGAGAGUCGGCUGUCAAAAACAGGCAAAUACCCAUGGUGUUGGGGUGCUAGGUGUGGUGGAGGUCAACUUUUUGGAGCCAAUCCACAACAAACAGGAGUUUAACCGCACAGACAAGUACCUGGCGUUCAUGCAGAAUGCAGGCGGCAAGUUAAACGAUUACUUCUUUGAAAAGACCAAUUCUCAGAAUCCAAGUGCUUCACAGCCCGCGUCCUCUCAACUUCCAGACUGGACGUGGGCACAGUGCGAUAAUUGUCUGAGGUGGAGGAGACUUCCUGCCGGGAUCUCUGCUGAUUCUUUGCCUGACAAGUGGUUCUGCAAAGAUAACCCUGACGCCACCUUUAAUCGCUGUGACAUUCAGGAAGAGCCGGAAGAUGAAAAUCAGGCUUUGAUGCCUACAUAUACAAAGACGUAUAAGAAAACCAUGAGAGAGAAAGAAAAACAAGCCAAACAAGAAGAGGCACGUAAGUUGAAGCAGAAGGAAGAAGCCCUUGCAAAGAAAGAGGCAUUGUUGAAGAAGAAAGCUGAUGAGAUCUCAAGACAGCAGGAGGAACUGGCAUGCCAGGAGAAAAUUAGCCUUCAGGAGAAAACCAUCCUACAGUUUGAGAAACAGAAACUGGCCAUUAAAGAGAAGUCCACCGCCUUGAUCCGAAUUGCUCGGUCACUAGAGAUCACCAACUCCCAGAGUAGAACCCUGGUUGAGAAAGCGCAAAAUCUGGCAGGCCAGAGCAGCUUAGCAGUUAGCAGCAGCAGUACAUCAAACCCUGCGAAGAGGAAAAGUGAUGACGAGGAUGGAAGCAAUGAGAGGUGCACAAAAAUAAAGACGGAGGAUGGAGGCUUUAUAACCGUUCCAAAUGCAGGGGGUGAUGCUGGACUCAUAGACCUUAAAAUGGAAGAAGAGGAUCUAGAGGAAACUGGAGCAACUACAAAAACUCCGUGGAAAACGAAGCUUUCCGCACCUCAUCCUAAAACUUGUAAUGAAAGUGCGAACAAGAAAAUGGGUUCAGCUGGUAAUGCGGAUUCUGAAGAUUCAUCUAACAAAUCGGAUGAAAGUGAUAAGACAUCAAAGAAAACAUCAGGAACUAAGACAGACAAGAAUGUGGAUAAAGAGAACAAGAAAUACUCUGAUAAAGAGACAGAAGGGACUGCUGUGGAGGCGGAAGGUAAUGGAUACUUGGAGAUAAAUGAUGAUGAUGUCAAACCUGAUAAAGAGAAACUAGAUAAAACAGUCUACAAAGAUGAGAAAACAGAUUCCAAAGCUAAGAAAGAGGUUGACAUGAAGGAAAGGAAUGUUGAGGUUACAUUGAAGAAUAAUGGAGUUAAGAAAGAGUUUAAGAGUGCACAUGUACAGACUGUCCCAGUUAUUUCAAAUUUGGCUAGUCCGGAAGAAGUGGAUUCACUUAGCCUGUGUGCGGUGGUACAAAAACAGAUGUUGCUUGUGAAAGAAAGAGAGCUGUCGGAAACAAAGAAAAGUCUGACAAGUUUGCAGUCGAACAUUUGGAAGCUGCUCAAAAUUAUCGCCAGUGACUUGGAUUAUGGUGAUCCGGAAAAUAUUGAGCAAAUUAUUGUGGAAUUUAUUCGAGUGAGCAGUGAAAAAGAUGCUUCAGAGGAAACUGAUAAAAAAAACAGACACUGAUAAAGGCAAAAAGAGAAAAAAAUCAACAUCUGAUGCUGAAUGAUUCUUAGGCUUAUUAAUAAUGUUGCAUAUGAUCAGUAUUUGUGCUCUGUCUUGAAUUUAAAUGUAUUCCAUCCACAUUUUUGAGGGCAAGGUAAGGCCUAAAAAAAACAUUACUUCUGGGUCGGGUUACAUGAGACUACUGUCUUAAUAGGCGCCAACCCUACGGUUUUCAUAGUCUGUUGAUUUUCUUUUUUUGGAGUGAGUGAGUUUUAAUGCUGAAUAAAAACCUUUAAAGCUUUAUACAGAAGAUUACUUUAACGCUAUUCCCAAAUGAUGACAUUCUUGCAUAAAUCUUACUGUUUUUUUUAAAGGAUGUAGCCCUAACCAAAAGUCAUGUCUUUUUAUGCCAUACAUAGUAUGUAUUCUAAUUGUGACAUACAAGGUCAUAAAGUUAAUAAGACCAUAUAAGACAUUGCAAAAUAGAGUAUUUUAUUGCAUGAACCACCUGUUGCCUGGAUAAUUUGGCUGCCUAUUCAAAGCAGUGGGAUCAUUAUUCGAAUUGUCUGAGAAUGAAGAAUCUUUGUAGCGAUAUUUUUGUUACAUCAAGCUAAAAACAGUAUGCCAGAAAAGGUCUUUAAGGGUAAUGCACCUUUUUGAGGAUUUGAACGUCUGUGUGGUGGUGAAUGGAAUAAUGAAAACAACUGUUAAUUACGCUGUUUAUAUCUUCUUAUUGAUAAUACUAUACAUGUAUUAAGUUUAUGUGUUAAGUUUGUAAAUAUACAUGUAUGUAAAAUUUUAAGAGCCACAGAGCUUAUUCACCAAAUUGUUGCUGCAACUAUAUACAUAUUGUUGAGGGUAAACCAAGUCUUAUAGCAAGAUUUACUUUUAAAAAAUAUGUUUUAUAUCUAUUGUAUGUAGCACUACAUAUCUAAAGUUCCAUAAUAACCAAUAAUGACCUUUUUGUGUGACAGUUCGAUGUUUAAACAAAAAAUAUCAGUCCCCAUAAAUAUGACAUUGUUUGUUCAGGUUAUCAUUGUUUAGCUGAUAGAAAUUGAAAUAUACCAUUUUAAUUGUGUUCAAAAUUGUUUAAUAAUUAUCAAAAUAUGUGUUCUUGUUUAUUUCUUAAGGUGUGAAUUAAGUUGCUCCAUCUACAUUUAAAUAAUUCCUAUCACAAUUUUAAAGGUGCCUGUUUCCAGUUAUUUUAUAAGGUUUCUUUUCUUACUGCAAUUAUAUCAGCAUGUCUGCCUCUGUUAAGAAAUUAAAGUCUGCCAUGUACAUACGAUACUGAUUUUAAAUGUAAUCACAUGCAAAAUUUGUUGUCAAGAUGAAACUGAGGUCUUAAACAGGAUUGCUCUCUUGCCACCCAUUUGACUGACCCGAGAAUUCCUCGUAUCUAUUCCCUUCUGUAUAUUAUUCAAGUCUGUGAUGUGUAUAUUUUGAAUUUUUAGAUUUUGUUUUGCUUCUUUCUUUUGUAUUGUUUUGUCUUAAUUUGUACAGCAUUCUAAAAUGAAAGUCUGAGCUCCAAAUUAGGUGCGCAUAUGCAUGAAUAUGCAUUGAUAAAAUUCAAAACACAAUGGAUAUUGAACGUUCGCAUAAGAAAACCGGACUGGGUUCAGUCAAAACUCCCUUCUAAUCGAUUGGCAUUGUUAAACAACAACAAUAGGUUCUGUACAGCGCUUAAGUUGUGAGUCAAUGGUGUUGUCAUUAAACCAGUCCCUGGAACUUCUAUAUUUAUAUAUUAUAUAUAGGAUGGAUAAAAUAUGCUUUCUUUUUUGUAUGUCUUGGUCCAGCAAAUAAGUACAAUAUGAAAAAUUACGAACUAAAGUCUUGAUUGAUAAAAAAGUAUCGAACAUAUUUCUUGGGAAAUUGACUCAGUACAAAACUCUGCUUUUUAAUGUCAUUCUUUAUAGUUUCACCUGACAAUCAAAUUCCUGGUUUCAGUAUGUUUGUGCUAAAAGUGAUGUCAUGAAUUUCCAUGGCAAUUAACAAAUUUAGACUUGGGUGAUUAAGCCUACAAUCUUACACUUCUGCUUGGCAUAAAAAAAUCAACGUUCCGUGCUGAAGAAAAUCGAAAAUUUGAGCAACUAUCAAAUUUGCCAAGUAUCAUGUAUGAUAGACUUAUGCAUAAUGUUUCACUUUUAAGUAUAGGCAAAAUUAAGAGCAGCAUCAACCACAAAUCAUUGAAUGAUAGAUUAUGUUAAGCUGUUAAAAGAUAUUAAGAUGUUUUUAGUAGAUAAACCCUAACAAAAGCAGUUUAAUUUGUGUUAUUAUUGUUGACUUUUUGUUGUGUCUGUGAAGUUAAAGCUGCACUCUCACAGAUUGACAGUCUAGACUUUUCUUAUUUGUUUGUAUCAGAAUCAGCUGAUUUUGGGAUCAAUGCCUUCAAUUCAUUUAUUUAAGAUAACUCACAAAAGAACAGAUCUCGAUCGUUUGGAAAACUACCAAAAUACUUAUUUUUCUUAAAGCGUUCCUAACGCUUUUAACCAUAAAACAUCAACUUUCAAGCCUAAAUAUGAACAAUUAUUGUGACUUGAUCUUUUGUCAGCAGUCAUAUAUCACUGUUGUUGAGACAUUUGUAAAAAAAAUGGCUCAUUAUAUAUAAAAAAAAAGUUGUCAAAAUUGUCAAUCUGUGAGAAUGCAGCUUUCAGAAAAUAGUAUUAAAAGCUUAAAUUUAUUUUAUGUUUAGCAGUUAUCUUUCUUUGAAAUGAUCAUCAUGAAGUUAAUAUUGUUGUACAGUUAAUAAAAUAUUAAUGGUUAUGACAGUUAGCUUCUAAAUGUAUUCUAUUUAUAUCUGCAUGUCAUAUGAUGUUCUGACAUCUUGUUAAAAACUAAAGUAUAUUUAGUAUAAAAAAAAUACGGGUAUAGUUUGUGAUCAUUGUAAAUUAAUUUGUCAUUUGAACCUUUUAAAGAGACUUUGGUCCUGUGUGACAGUCAUUAGCAUUACUGUUUGAGGUUUGUUUUUAGGGUGAGACUUGGUUUAGUGUCUGGCUUUUACCCAAAGGUCUUGGUUCUCAGCCCGACCAAAGGAACAAAUACCACCAAAAAAAUCAUCCACACUUAUAUAUCAAGAAGCAUUAUUAUUUAAACAAGACAUAACCUUUUUAAUAUCAUUAUUGUUUUAUUUGGAUUUAAAGGGACUAGACACCAGAAGAUACCAUUGCAAUAAAAAAGAGAAAAUUUAAAAAAUGUAAAAAACUUACAUACUGAUGUAUCGCAUCACUUAUGACACAUGUAUCUUAUGCAGUUGUUGUGUUUGUUUCCAAUUUGAAUAUUUACUGGGUUUAUCUACCACAUGCUAUAUACACUAAAUAUUCUUUCAGUCAUGUAAAAUGAUGUAUUUGGUUUGUAUUUGAUGCUUCAUACUGAUUAGUAAUGUUCAUUCUAGGGUUGAUUUGAGAAUAUACUGUAUUUGCCAUCUGGUGUCUAGUCCCUUUAAAGCGCUUUAAUUAAUAUCUUUGAAAGAAUGUAAACAAAACAAUUCACAACGUGUUUUGAAAGGUUAGAAACUAUAAUGGACAGGAAAAGUACAUUUCCAAAUAUGGUCACAGAUUUAAAGUAGUUAAAAAAAACUGUGAUGUUAAAAUUCUUAAUGAUUAAGCAUAUUUUUUUAUACAGGCCAAUGAGGUGUUUCAUUUGCUGGCAAGGUUGUCUACUAAAACUGUUUUCAAAGUAUUCUGAAAUGUAUAUGUCAUAAAUGAACACCAGGACCUAUCAUUCUAAAUUUCUCACAAAUGAUCAUAAAUCACCCCUCAUAUCAACCAUGAUCUACAUUUAAUAAACACUGUUCAUUUGUUUUUCAUUCAAGAUUAACUAUUUUUGGAAAACUUCACCUCUGCAUAAAACCAUAUUGCACUUAACUGCCUGUUAAAUAAUGUUCAUGUGUCUAACAUGUACACCACAUUUCGUUCUAGUAACCCUGACCUUGUUCCUGUAUUCCAUGUCAGAUGUUUGCACUAUGUGCAAUCAUGGAUUAUGAAUGCUGCUAUAUACUAGGCCGAUCUUAGUUAAUUUCAUGUUUGUCAUUCGCACAGUAUUGUAGGUGUUUACCUUCGUUUGAGAUGAAGUUGAAGGUCUUAUAGUUUGUGUUUAGUUGAUUGCGUUUAUAAUUGUUUAACUCAUACACUACUGUAUGAUACAAAUAAGCAUAGUCCUUUGUUUGAUGACAUGUGUUUAAUAUUGUUUUACACAUACACUAUGGUACAAGUAGUUCUUGUUUGUGUUGUUUUUUUUCAGUUGCUGGUUUUUCAGGAAAAAGGAACAAGAAAUUUUCACUCCAAACUGAAAUCCUAAUAUCCAAUGAGACACAUCCGGGGUUCUGAAGUUCAGAGUUAAUCCUGAAAAUUAGGAUUGAGAGAUUUUAUCUUCAGACUAAUAUACAGUUGUAAAGAUUUUAACUUGAAAUUAAUCUGAAUGAUUCUUGAAACGAUUUCAAAAGGGGUCUAAGCUCCUUUAACCUGCUUUGGUCAUGAAACCCUCACAGGUAUAUGUAUAUAUAUAAUUCAAACAGACCCCAGGCUGUUUUGCAGGAUUGACAAAUAUUAGUUGUUAGAUGCCCAGUGGAAACCAUUAAAAACUAUCCAGUCAGAUAGUCAAAAGUCAUUUUUAAUUAUGUUAAAUGAUUAUAACAAAGAUUCAAUCCCCACCAGUGGUAGCUUAUUUUUGCUCCUCAAAAUGGACGCCAGUACUGGUUUCGCCCAGAAAAGGUUCAAUACCCAUCAGGGUGCCUUCAAAUGGCCUCUCAAAAUAGACGCCAGUACUGGUUUCGCCCAGGAAACGGACUCUCAGCUGUCCGCUUUCAUCUCAAUCAAGCUAAAAGAAAUUAGUGUAAACUAAAACUGAAGAACACAAACGGGACCAGAAUGCAUAACAUGGUAAUUAAGUGUUGUUGGCCUUAUCAUGUACUGAGCACUAGGUCAUCCUGCUGAAAUCGUGUAAAUAUUAUUCACUGUACUGCUAUUGUUUUCAUUUGAUUAUCCAUAUUGUACUUCAGAGGUAACACAACCUUGUUUGUAACCUACUUACACAAUCUAUAUGUUUGCUAUUUAUAAGAAAACGAUCAAAGAUCAUCGGCUAGACAUUUCGACUUUGGAUCAUUAUUAUAUAGCAUGAUAUUUGAUUCACACAUGUAUAUAGUAAUCGUUUUUGUAUCCAAUUAAGACUGUAUUCAUAGUUACCACUCGUAAAAUAUUGUUAGUUUAUUAAAAUGUGAAAACAUC